AAAAACGAUUUCUGUAUUUUCUACUCCUUACAUUGCCAAAAUAGGCUUGAUAUUUUUUUCAACCUUCGUGGAUGACGACGUGACAUAAACAGAGAAUUGCCCUUGGGAUUCUAAUUAAUAGAUUGAGGAUUUGUAAAGGUGAGGGAAAAAAGAGGGCCAGGAGCAACAUGGAGGAACGUAAACUAGGGAGCAUUAAUGACGAUGGCGUUACAGAUGAGGAGAUGCAAGAUAUUCCCCAUCCGUAGCCUUAUUUAAGAGAAUUGUUUGAUGUUGAUGCCUCCAAUAAUAAUAUCUUCUGGCCUUCAAAAAUCCUCCGUCUAAUCUGGAAAAACAGGAAAGCUGUAUUUUUUUUUGUCACCUGUCAUCAUUAGCUAUUUUAGCAUUGUUAUUUAUUUAUUUUAGUCAGUUCACAACGGACCACGGUUGUUGUUGUUUUUUUUUUUUACAGCAUGAACGCCUGAGCGAACACAACCAUACUUUAUGUUCUAAAUGCAGACCUAUGUGACUCCGUGGGACGGAGGGCAACAGAGCCUUCACCUAUGGCCGUCCUGGAGAGAAACAACAAAAUCCUGCUGGAUUUGACACGGCAGCCUUGGAACAGCACGUGCGCCGACUGUGGGGCUCCUGAGCCUGAUUGGGCCUCUUACACGCUAGGUGUGUUUUUGUGCGUCAACUGCUCUGGGAUGCAUCGGAACUUGCCCUCCAUCAGCAAAGUCAAGUCCAUACAUCUAGACCACUGGCAGGACUCCCUUGUAGAGGCCAUGCGUCAGAGAGGCAACUCUGUAGCUAAAGCCACCUAUGAGAAGUGUGUUCCUGCUUUCAUCUACCGGCCGCAGCCGAGAGACUGUCUGGUUCUUAAGGAUCAAUGGAUCCGUGCUAAGUACGAGAGGAGAGAGUUCACGGGAGAAAAAGGCUACUUUCAACAAUCUUAUGGUGCAGACACCAUUGAGGCGACACUGUGGAAGAAGGGCAAAGACAACAAGCAGUUUUUGAAAAGGAUUUUCUUGCUGUCCCACAAAGACUUCACUCUCAGAUACUUCACCAAAGAGGAUUCUAGAGUCCCUAAAGCUGUGAUCGGCAUGAAGGAGCUGAAUGCGGUUUUCCAGCCCGAGAAGCUCGGACACGCUCACGGCCUGCAAAUCUCCUACUUGCAGGAUGUGCGGACAAGGAACAUCUUCGUUUACCACGAGAAUGGACAAGUCAUUGUUUCCUUUUUCAAUGCUAUUCGAGCAACACGCUUGGCUUACCUCCAGAAGAAGCAUCCCACUCUUCGACAAAGUGAGUUAAUACCUCAGAUUACGAGAUCCUGCCUCAAGGAGGGACACAUGGAGAAAACUGGCCCAACGCAGCGGGAGCCAUUCAGGAAGAGGUGGUUCACUCUGUGCUUAAUGAACAGAAAGCUUCUAUACUAUAAAUCCCCACUGGACGCCACCGAGCUUGGCGCCGUCUUCAUCGGCACGCAGAGCCACGGCUACUCUGUAUCGGAGGGCGGCAGGCGCAGCGGCAGAGGAGGCCGCUGGCACCGUGCCGUCACUCUGCAGACUCCCCAGAGGCAGUUUGUGUUCAUGUGCGAGCAGGAACAGGAACAGCAGGAAUGGCUGGAGGCCUUCGGGAAAGUCAUCGGUCAGCCGAUGACAGCGGAGGACUACGCAAAUGAAGCCAACUUGAGAAGGCGCAAAUGACCUGAAGAAGUUCUUACACCAACUCGCACCAUCAUUUUAUAUGGACUCAAGUAUUGGGACACCUGGCCUAUAGAAGCCUUGCUACAAAGUUGGAUGCAAAAUGUCUUGGUAAGAUGACGAAUUGUCAUUUAAGGGUUGGGUGGAACCGACCAAUGGUUUGCAUGGACUCUUCCCUCUAUGUAAAUAGUUGUACAUGUGUGAUUUUUGUAUUAUUAUGAUUAUUAUUAUUGUUGUUGUUGUGUUAGGCUUGUGCUGUAGCAUCAGUGAAAGGUUUGUUGAGAAGAGUGACAUGCCUGUCAUUUUAUUUCUGGUGGCUCGAAUAAAAGCAAUUUAUUUAAAAAAAAUAAUUAAUUCAUUAAUUUUAGAACUGUGAGGCAGAUGUGCCUACUACCAGUCCACCAUUCUGUUUCUUUUUUUUCUUUUUGUGACAUACAGUAUUUGUUUCUUUUCAAAAUGAUAUGGGAGGUGCUGAAUGAAUAAAAAAAAAUAAAAAUCC